UUUUAUCUUAUUACAAUAUAUUCUUUUGAAAAUUUACUUUUUUUCCCCAGUCAAUUCGAAUGUAAAGUAAAAAUUGGUUAAAUAUAACAACUGUUUUCCUUUAAAAAAAAAAAAAAAUCAAAGUAUACAAAGUCAACAUAAAAAUGGAAUGGCGCCCUCAUUAGUCAUUGAUAACAUAUAAGACGAAGUAUUUGGCUUAUCGUCAGGGGUACAUAAUUGGAUGUGCGGCAUGUAGAAUUAUGAUUAUUAUUAUUUUUUUUUAAUAAGCAUCGUCAUUGAAGCCUUUCUGGACAAUCUGGCUUGGCAACACGCUCAGCUAUUUGCUGAGCCGCGAUUGAUUGGACUUGGGCGUGGAGAAUUUGCAUAUAGCAGCAACGGGAGCAGCAACGCACGUACGCACGCACCCACAAGUCGAGAAUCCGGCGGAUGGCGGGGGAGCUUCGCGUGAGUCUGUUUGCGGUGACGUACGACGUAAAGGCGGACAAAGUUUGCCACAUUACCUCAUAUGGGUAAGCGGCUGAAGAAUUGCGUGGCGCGGUGAUAAGUGUUUUUGUUGUCAGGAUGGAGGAUGGAAACGAUUGGACGGAGGAACCGGAGCAACUCGAGCCUCCUUUGCCCCUCAAGUCCGAUGAUGAGGAUGAUGGAAACCAACUUUUCUUUCCGCUUGCUUCCCGCUACAUGCAUACUAACAAUUUCCACCCUGGAAUGUGUCACGGCUUGAGUCGUCACUGUGCUGUUUGCUGCCAAUGGCGUAGAAGCCCCGAGCUGCCCUCCAAAAACUGGAUACGACGACAGGUGCCACCGGCCGUCUCGGUGAACGUGCCGCACUUCUCUACCCCACCCGAGGAGCUCGUAUCGAGGGUCGGCGAUGGGAUGCCGAUACAGACGGCGGCUUACUCCGCGGCUUCCUCCCAUAUCGCACGGAGACGAAGAAGCCUGCCAAAAGAGUCGAGAAACAUCUUCAUCACCUACUCCUCGGACUUGUCUUGUGAGAUGAUCGGGCUUGUUGACUUCCUCUCCAAAAAUGGCUUCCAACCUGCUGUAAUGCCAACCUUUUUUUUUUAA